AUGUGGCACGAAUUUGUAACCACUAAGAAGCCACCCACGCUGAAACCUACCGCCAAACCAGACGAAAAAAAUGAUAGCAAAGUAGAAACCGCUGAAGCAAGGAAAGCCAGAUUGGAAAAGGAAGCGAAGGAUGGGUUGGAUUUGAAACGAAGUCUGCACAUCAGCUGGUCGGCCCCUGUCAACAGCCCCCUGCCCGUUUAUGCUUACACGGUCCAAUACCGAACUUUCGGUUCGUGGGUGCCUUUCACCGAAAAUGUAAACGCUCCGACCACGUACUUCAUCUGGAAGAGACCAUCGUGGGGUAUCAGCUACUUCUUUAGGGUCAUAUCGCUCAGCAACAAUUCUGAAAGUCUGCCGAGUGCCGAAGUCAUGUUCAAUACUUCUGAUCCUAUGAUAGGUUUCAUCACUGCCUCCACCUCUGGCAUCAUUGGGACAGUGGUCGGUUCGAUGACCACAUUCAUUGGCUGCAUGGUCUGCACCAUCUUCCUCUCUAAACAGUUCAAAAAACGCAAGUUAAAAAGAGUUGAGAAGAAGAGAUUGAAGCAAGAGGCCGAUGAUGCCACCAUGACCAUCAACACAAGUGUUGGGAGAGCACUUGAAGGAAGAGAAAGCCCUCUACUCGACGUAAGAUUGGCUGUUGACAAUCACGUGAUGGCCGGUUCGUCCAAUCACAAUUCGAUAGAAUUUACAACCACGCCCAUACUGGAGACGCCCAUUUGA